AAUAAUAAUAAUAAUAAAAAAUAAAAUAAAAGAAUAAAACGUGCAAGUAGAAACCAAGUUUCCGCAACAAAAUAAUAAAUUAAGCAGGAAAAUUAAAUUGUUUAAUUUGUAUCUUGCAGCUUCCAGGAAAUCAAUUUGUGUUUGAAAUUGAACCAAAUAAAAUAAAGUAAGACAAAAUACGGUGGUCGAAUAACAUAGCCAUAGCAGGUAUUCCCAGUCAAAGCGUCCGUACUGAGAAAACCUUGUUGUUUGAUAAUCAUGGAGAAAACUAUGAUUCAGCCGUUGAUUGCAGUCUUAAUAUCCUCUUUAAUCGCAAUCAGAUCUUACAGAAAGAAAUCGCUGGACCUCUCCGGAGCAAUCUCCGGCUUCAUUGUUAUGACCAUCCACAUUGCAGUCGGUUACAGGUACGGAGCUAUGUUGCUUGCCUUCUUUUUCUCUUCGUCUAAGCUUACGAAGGUUGGCGAAGAGAAAAAGCGUCGUGUUGACGCCGAUUUUAAAGAAGGUGGACAAAGAAAUUGGAUACAAGUUUUAUCCAACAGCGCGAUUGCUACGAUUUUGGUAGUGAUAAUCUGGAAAGAGGCGGAGUGGCAGGACAAGUGUUUGGACUCCAAAGACUCAGUUCUUGUUACUUCUCUGAUUGGAGGUGUUAUCGGUCACUACUGUUGUUGCAACGGAGACACAUGGUCCUCUGAACUCGGAAUUCUUAGUGAUGCUCAACCUCGAUUAAUCACUAACUUCAAGCCUGUUAGGAAGGGUACAAACGGUGCUGUUACAAAAACUGGACUCCUAGCAGCAGCAGCUGCAGGCAGUAUCAUUGGAAUGAUUUUCGUUAUAUUUGGAUUUUUCACUGCAAAGUGCUCAAAGGAUGCAGCUCUAAAGCAGCUAUUAGUUAUACCUCUCUCUUGUUUGGCUGGACUAUGCGGUAGUGUGAUUGAUUCUCUUCUUGGAGCAACAGUGCAAUUCAGUGGAUUCUGUACUGUUCGUAAUAAGGUUGUUGGAAAACCAGGACCAACCGUCAAGAAGAUUUCAGGUCUUAACUAUCUUGACAACAAUGCAGUGAAUUUUGUGUCGAUACUGCUGACCACAUUGCUGACUUCCAUUAUCUGUAUCUUCAUCUUCUGAGAUCAUCAACCUACUCAACCGAGUACCUCAUGACUUUUGUCACACGGUUCAGGCAGAAUUCCCAAUUGAAACAUGUACCAGCAAUAGAUAAAUCUUACCUUAUAAAUCACCACUUAAAAGGGUGUUGCUAACCUUCCAUUAAAUUAGGUGGUUGUUAUGAAAUCACAUGGUUCAGAUGCAAUUCCCUAUUGAUACAUGUAUGGAUUGUCCAUGAUUGAUCCUUAUAAACCGUCAUCUCAGGAAGGUUUGAUCAUUUGCUGAUGCUAUCCUGCUAUCAAUUUGGGUUCACUUUGUUCUUAAUGAAGCAUUAGUAAAAUUUGAUGUUGCUA